GUGGCGGCAUCAGGAACAUAUCUUAUGAUUUUUAUGUUUGAGAUAUUUCCAUGUUGUUGGUGUGUGAAUGAACUAAUUGCUGAAACGGGAAGAUUAACUAAUGCGGUAUAUAACUGUAAUUGGUAUGAACAGGACAUGAAAUUUCGUCGAGCUUUAAUGAUUUUCAUGCUGCGGACACAUAAACAGAUACAAAUUUUGGCAGGAAAUUUAGUGCCAGUUUCAUUGCAAUCAUUUAUUGCGAUUGUUAAGUUUUCGUUCUCAAUGUUUACUUUACUUAAUGAAAUGCGUCAAUAA